GGAUCCGCAGCACCUCCUGGAAUCCUUUCUGUUCAAACCCACAGGACUAUGAUGUGAAAACGGAGAACAAUGUGUUGCCAGACAUGACGAGUUUAACCAAAAGCAGCAGCAUUCAUCAGACGCCUGAGUUCUCAGACGAUCCUUUUCCAGCUCCGGACUGGGUUUUGUUUCCUCCGCCUGAUUUUUAUAAAGACGACACUGCGAAUGGCUUCCAGAGCACGUCAGCGGCAGGCACACAGAGUGAAGACACAGACAUUUUCCAGCCUUUUAAAGAGAAAGCAGGCACUGGUGUGACGCACAGCAGCUCAGCCAAUCAGAACGCAGAAUCCUGGCCUUCGUCCAAUCAGAGUGAUCCUCUCCUGGAAUUCAUCCUCUCCAGACAGAAGAAUUUCCGAGCUUCUCCACCACCAUCUGCAACCACCGGCGUUUUCCAAGAAGCGUCCGGUUUCCUCGAGACUCCUUCACUGUCCAGCUCGCCGCUCGUUUCUAAUACCAACCCGACAUCUGACCAUAUUUACAAGACAUCCUCGUCCCACAUCGAGACGUUCGAUCCUCUGUUUGCCCCUCAGAAUGAAGUCCAGUCCAAUCAGAAGAGCAGUUACGAUCUACUGUCCCAUCUUGCUUUGCCAAACCGAGCCGCUCAAGAGACGUCAGCUUUAGCAACACCUUCCACAAGCAUCUCAAACGGAGAUCCGAUGUUCAGGAGGCGUCCUCCCAAAGCUGGUCCUCGCAGUAAACCCCCGAAGAGCCUCCUCCAGCCUCCUGCUCUCUCUCAGGUACUGUAG